UGUCAAUUUCUGGGUGAAAGUUGUCUUCAAGGUAUUUUUAUCAAUUUAUUUUUAUAAGUUACUUAAGCCCCUAAAAGCUACACUUAUUAUAAAAUAAAACUUUUAUCUAUAAAUUGUUUAGUAAACAAAUUUGCAGAUUUUGGCUAACUACUAAAUAGUUCCAUGGUGAAUUUAGGCAUACUUUUUUUUUUACUUUUAGCAAUCAAUUGUAAGAAUAUUGUGUGAUUGCAAUAUUGUACUUUGAAGAUCACUAUGUGUUACUAAUUCAAUUGUCAAUGAAACAUUCGCCAUUCACAUUUUGCCAAGAUCGAGAUUAUCUAUAGAUGUAACGUGAUCUUGACUUUUCUUUGUUCUUUUAUGGAUUUUUUUGUGGACAAAGAAAAAAGGGUCGAUACGGUAGAAAAAUGUACAUACACAUGCCUUACUUUUUUAUAACUUUCCCCAAUGGCGAGUAUGUGUUCCGAAGACAGUGAAAGCGCCACACGUUAUGAUUGCUUUUGCCUUACAAAAUCGGCUCUUAUUGAACAUUGGCAACCCAAGAAACCCCUCUACAUUGCAAAUCCACCAUCAUACUAUUAACACAGAAAGAAAAAGCCCAUGAGAACUGUGGCAUACGCGCUGAAAUUUUUGUCGAUCAGUGUGAUUUUGAGAGUCCCAAGGUGAAGGUCUCCAAUUGAUCGUGAAUGUGAAAAUUGGUGAGAGGUGGAAUAUAAGAGCGAACUUAGACACAGUGUGAUCGUCUCCUAAAAUUCCCCUCAAUAAUUUCACAUUCAAACUAAAUAUAACUUUUUUCGAAUUUUUUGAUUAACGAAUAUCGUACAUACGAAGAAGGAAAAAUCUUUAGGGAAUUUCUACAGUUUUUCUGUAGUGAAAGUGAAAGUAAUUCAAGUGUUCUUUAUAAAAUGAUUAUUUUGUUAUAGUGUCCAAAUGUUUUCUCAAUUGUCAACAUGAACACGAAAUGCUGUCGCGUAAGAAAUUGAAAAUCCAGUGAUUUCCCUGUGAAAAUAAAUAAUGAAAUCAUCUGAUAGAUUUAUAAAAUAUAUAUGUAUAUAUAUAUACAUCUUAUUUAACUACUAAAAUUAGUUAUUAGAAAAACAAUCUAGUUACAUUUUUUUUUAAUAAUUCUUUGCAAUAAGGCAAAACAACAGUUUCUUUGAAAAAUCACAUUUGUGUUCAAAAUGAGAAGUUUGCAUGUAGUAUUAAUUAUAAUUCUGUGCCAAUUAUUUAUACAAUCAUCGAAAGGAUACCACGUUGGUGAUAGUAUAAAUGUGACAAAUAUAAAUUCCCGAAAAGGAAAAUUUCUGUUUGAUGCCUUCUUUGGUCUCGAACAGGCCGCAUUCGGUGAUGAUGAGGACGAUGAUAGUGAAAAUAGUUUGAAACAUUGCAAUUGUGAGUGCGGGACAACAAAUGAAGAAAUACGCAUUGUUGGUGGACGUCCAACUGGUGUUAAUCAAUUUCCGUGGGUGGCCCGUCUCGUUUACAAUGGUCAGUUUCACUGUGGUGCGUCACUUGUGUCCGAGGACUACGUGGUAACUGCUGCACAUUGCGUGAGACGGUUACAGCGUUCAAAGAUCCGCGUGAUACUUGGCGAUCAUGAUCAAUUUAUUACCACCGAAACACCGGCCAUAAUGAGGGCUGUUAGUGCUAUUAUACGCCAUCGAAAUUUCGAUGCCAAUACUUAUAAUCACGAUAUUGCCCUGCUGAGACUGAGGAAAAAGGUGAUCUUCGGGAAGACCAUCAGACCAGUGUGUUUACCAAAAGAAGCAAGUGAUCCAGCAGGAUCUAUCGGAACAGUUAUUGGUUGGGGAAGAACCUCCGAAGGUGGAACUCUGCCAGGAACCCUCCAACAAGUUAGAGUACCAAUUUUGACCCUUUCCCAAUGCAGAAAUAUGAAGUAUAGAGCUUCAAGAAUUACUUCAAAUAUGCUCUGUGCUGGUAAAGGUCCUCCUUCUGGUCAAGGAAUUGGGGGCGAUUCCUGUCAAGGCGACAGUGGAGGACCGCUUUUCGUAUCUAAUGGAAUUAAAAAUGAAAUAGUAGGUAUUGUCUCUUGGGGAGUAGGCUGUGGACGUCCUGGCUAUCCUGGCGUGUACACAAGAGUGGCCAAAUACCUGCCUUGGUUGCGUGCAAAUUUAGAUGACACGUGCUUGUCAAUUUUUGGGCUAUUGACUGUUUUCGCAAUCAUAUCAAUAUUGGCUAUUUUUGGUCCCAUCACUACGGGAUUCUCAGUGAUUCCUGGAAAAUAUGAUGUUUACAAUCACAAAAGUGUCCAUCACGUAGAGUUUAAGAAAAAUCUUUUCGGAUAUGGAGCGAAUCGUGCCCCUGCCCAUGACACCCCUCCUAGCUCUUGCAAGUGCAGAUGUGGCGAGCGGAAUGACGCCUCCCGCAUCGUUGGCGGUCAGGCAGCUGGAGUCAAUGAGUUCCCGUGGAUGGCGCGACUCAGUUAUUUCAAUCGCUUCUACUGCGGUGGAAUGCUCAUCAAUGACCGCUACGUGUUAACAGCUGCACACUGUGUAAAAGGGUUUAUGUGGUUCAUGAUUCGCGUGACAUUUGGUGAGCAUGAUCGCUGCAAUGAAACAUUUCGUCCAGAAACAAGAUUUGUUCUCCGUGCUAUCGUGAAUGAUUUCAGCUUUACAAAUUUCAACAAUGAUAUCGCACUUCUUCGUCUUAAUGAUCGUGUACCCAUCACAGACUUUAUACGUCCAAUUUGUCUUCCGAGUCCCAAAGCUAGCGAUGCUUCCUACAUUGGGCGCAAAGCGAUAGCAACGGGAUGGGGAACACUCAAGGAGGAGGGUAAACCCUCGUGUAUACUUCAAGAAGUGGAAGUUCCUGUUAUAUCCAACGAUAGAUGUGUCAGUGAGACAAAUUACACUAAGAAAAUGAUAACUGACAACAUGCUCUGCGCUGGAUAUCCUGGUGUUGGCCAGAAAGAUUCAUGUCAGGGUGACUCAGGUGGACCACUGGCGAUGCAGCGUGAGGACAAGCGAUAUGAACUAAUUGGAAUAGUGUCGUGGGGAAAUGGAUGUGCUCGUCCCAACUAUCCCGGUGUUUAUACUCGAGUAACGAGAUUUGUCGAAUGGAUUCGAGCUAAUUCAUAUGAUGGAUGUUUCUGCAAUGAAUAAUAUUUAACCGCCUCUCUCUCUCAGCAUUCAACAUGCCUUCUUGCACGAGAGAAUUAAUACAUAUUCUCAAAACAAAAAUGAUACACUGAAAUUGAAAUCUUUGCAUUGCAUUGAGAUAACCUUAAGAGGUAUCUCUGAGAUUUUCAAACAACUUUUUGAUGGCAAAAGGCAUAUUUUUGCGCAAGCAAGACUUUUUUGAGGGAAAACUCCAAUGCUCUAUAACUGUGAAUUGAACGUUGUGUAACAGGAAGGAUACAAUAAAAAUAAGAAUAAUGUUGAAGAA